AGAGACCUUUUUUUUCCAUAUUUCAAGCGACCAAUAGUUCGACCCGUUUGUAAAUACUUAUGAUUCUUUUUCCCAUGUUCAUACCAAAAUUUUCCGUUUGAACAACGAGAUAGCGACCGAGCCCAUUGCCUCGCAGUAGCGCUUCGCUUUGACUGAAUUUAUUUUGAUUUUCAUCCAUUCCUUUCAUACAUUCCCGCAUGAAAUAAAUUCUCAAUUGUACUAGGUAACAAGUAAGAUACAACUCAAGUGAAGAACCAAACUUCCGCAUUUUUACAUCUUCCGUUCGAUACAUUCUCUGGAAAACGGCACACACACACGUCCAUGUCGUACGAGACCUCCUUCUUUGAAAAAGUUGCCUCCUAAAAUGACGCUGUUCGCCGCGACAGCGUCAUCGGUGCUUUCUUUGACUACUUUUACGAGAAAUUCUAGAACCCCCGCGGCCACCAUGGGAGCAGCAGCUGCCCCACGCGGCGCGGGACAGCACUCGAGCAGAGCGGCGAUUUUCAGCAGCUCGCUAUGCUUCCUGCUUCACCUUUUCGCAACCGUCAGAUCCCAGCUCGUCGGUCCCGGCGGCAUGGUACCCUACGGGUCUGGCGGGGGCGGGAGACGGGUCAGCUACGGGGUGGUGCGAGACGCCAGCAAGGGGUUUUUCGUGGGCGGGUCCGCUAUUGAAGACCUGAAUGGCGUGUACGAGCGGGUCGGCGGGUUGCCGCGAAACUCGAAACACGUGGGAAUUCACUACAAGGACGGCUCGUUGACCUACUUGAACGAAGCGACUGGUUGGUUCAUGGCCAUGGUCGACGCCAGUCCAGACGAUGGGCAGGACCCGGGAGUAGAUCCCAUGACGGGGGAGCCGAAGCGAAAGGUAAUGUAUUGAUUCACACGACCUGGCGGGUUUUGCUUUUGACAUACAUCAUUUGUGUUACUGGUUCUUGCGGAAACGCGUUUGUCAUGGAUGAACUGCCAAUCCCGACAAUGAAAAUCUCUAAUCACAGAUCGCCAGCCGCACCGAGUGGGUCUUCAUUGAUGAGAACGGCAAAGACCGUUUCUGGCACGAAGGUGAAACCAUUCUCCCGGGCAGCGGCACCUCCUGGAAACACAAGCCAGCGAAGAGUGCCGGAGAGCGUGGCGCAUUGUACUGAUUCAUUUUUGGCUUCAACAGUUUUAUGAUUGUGUGCGCGGAAAAUUCAUUCUGAUGUGGACAAGUAUAAAAUUUGCGUAGUUGUUGAGUUUGGUUCCUUUCCUGUCGUGAAGCUGCAGCAUCUUCCACACUCAAAAACAGCGCCGACAUUUUCGACGACAUCUUUCCUGUGGCCACUGCCGAGGACAACUUCGUCGAUCUGGACGAGCUCCCAUGGCAGGUCAUCGGCGUAAUGGACCCCGAUAUGCUGCACCGACUGAAAUACCACAAGCGGUACCACCAGCACACGAUCAAGCGCGCGCUUUCCGGUGGGGAUUUGCCGCAGCUUGCGGGCCACUCCGGCAACGGCUUUGUUUCCUUCGAUAUCGAGAUGCCAAAGGUUUUGGAAAAAUACUUCGAUGUCAGGAACAUCUUCCGCGUUACGGAUAACAGCAAUUUUGGCGAGAACGGGGAACUGCUUGAACAAUCCGCGCAACAACUACAACAGCCGAAAGAAGUCGACGAGGUCUUGACAAAGAAGAUCGAGAUCGACGAGUCCCUCCACGUCUUCACGAAGGCGAACGUGGAGGUUUUGGAAAAGGUUCGGGAUUUGAUCCUGAAAAUUCGCACCGAGAUCCAGGAAAAGCCGACGAGCUUUUACGAGGACGUGAAUGAUAUUUUGGAGCAGUUUCUGAAAGAUAACGAGGGUGUGCUUCAGUUCGAAGCCAACCGGAACCGGUUGAUUCUCUACGCCUGGAUUGAAGCCGGGAUUUUGAAACUGCAGUCCUUCUUCCUGCGCAGGGUCAACAGCUUGACCGAUCCGGCAAAGUUGUCCAAAGAGGCGAAGGGAAAGGUCGAAAAGGCACUCGCGAUGUUUCCGCGAUGGAAUGCGGGGCUGUUGGAAAACGCAAUGGUGCAAUUCGACUUGGGAGAACCGGGGAGGGCAAGGGUAAGUACUAAAUUAGAGCGUAAAUCAUGACACGGUUUAUUUGUUGUCCUGCUUGAGGUCGUGCUAAUUUUCGCACUGCGGGUAGUUUUGGUCCUGUGUAAAAAUCGUAAAUCCGUACUGUCUACUCGCGCUGUCUACUUUCCUUCUACGGCUUCAUCAAAAAGUACUUUUCAAAAACAGCACUUCCUGGAGCAGAUUCUGCGUUCCAACCGCAAGUACCCCGAGCUGUUUUCCUGGCUUUUGAUCGCCCACACGCACGACAAGCGGCAGUGGGAGGCGCAGGUGGAGUACCCGGCGCCGAAAUUUGGCGGGCUGUUGACGGACGAAAAGGAGAAGUCCAAUUUUGACGACGAAAAGUCGUCGGAUUCCAGUCGCGGGUCCUCAGGCAACAAACUGAAGAAAAUCGAGAACCCGCAGCAGUUUCUUCGGGAGAAAUCCAACUACUACCGCUUGCUCGCCGUCCCGGUCGAUUUACUGUCCCCCGUGGAGGAUGAGUUCCUGAAGAAGCAGUACCGACAGCUCUCCAAGGCGACCCACCCGGACAAACACGGAAUCGAGUACAAGGAGCUGUUCCAAAAAAUCGCGAAGGGGUACGAGACCCUGCAGUCCACGCAGAAGCGCCCGGAGUACGACGACGGGCAGGAUUUGAGCGAUUUGAAAGCGCAGCACCAAGUCGAAGACGAAGACGGGCACAAAACGAAAACUCUCAAGGAAGAAGUGUCCGAGAAUUACUUCCCAGAGAAGUAUUGGAUGUUUGAAGCUGUUUUUAUGGACUUUUUGGAUUGCGCAUGGAUCAUGCGCUACAUUAUAAAUGAAAAUAUGGUUUUGUAGUUUGCAUGAAAUGAUCUGUAAACUGCAGCAGGACUCCUGCAGUGCUACUUACCACCCUUCCCUUUCGCAAUACAGGCACGGUUUUCACCCCUUCGGCGACCCCUUUGAGAGGAAAAAACACGAGGGGUACGGCGACAGUUACACGGGGUACAAGAAAACCAAAAACCCCGAGGAGUACACGGAGAAGACUCCGGUCAGGUACGCCUUCCCGCUGUUUCAAACCGGCGGAAACGACAAUCCCGACCUGGAAAGACGGGCGGAGUUGUAAGAACACGGCGUGGCAUUGGCAUAAUAUUUUUGACGAUGAGUAUUGGUUCCUGCUCGUCGUCGUGUUUUUCUUUUUUACGCCGGCUCUGGUGUCGUACCUUCAAAUCUUACCUUCACCAACGCAGGCUCUCUCAUACGUCUCUCUCCAGCGAACCACUAUUUUGAGAGCCGUUGUAUCAACAUCAUGUAUGUAUUCAUUGUAAGUAUCUGUCUAUCUGUCAGUAUGUAAAUUUCCAACACGAACAUCAAUUUUCCAACGCACAACGCGCGCGACUUUUUUGUAUACGAGUGUUACUUCUCAUCUUUAUUUCGCGCAGCGAAACCAGGGCAAGGAACAAAGAACUUUCCUCAACGCAGAUCGGAGAUUGCUACCUCCAGGGGAGACGGUGAAAAUAGCCUGCUCUUCCUUGUGGAACGACAGGAAAAAUUUCUACUAAACGACAGAAAAAAUUUCUACUAGCUGUGAAUAUUAAUCGUAGGAGGACAAUCAGGUGUAAAAUUUUGUCUCGGCAAAUUGUUCCGACUACAAGUUAUAUUUUAGGCUGUACAAGGGGUUGCUGUUUUCUUUUAUCCUCGUUCAAAUGCUUACUUCAUCGAGCUUGGGUUUGUUUAAAUGAUUUUCCACGAAAAGAGCAACAACUACAACUACAAAUGUUUCGGACGAUGAAAUAAUCCAGAGUGUAUGUAGAGAAAUUAUAUCAAGGUCCUACAAGUUUUGUGAAACGUGCAGAAACUGCACUUUCUCUUUCGUCUGUUCGUGGUUUUUCACUGCUUUUCGCGUUGUUUCCAACUCUCGAUCCCAAAGGGAAUAAACAGGUCGCGUCUUUAAAAGUAUCUAUUGUGUGGACAUUUUUAAUAUUUUUUGCAUUGAGAUGACACUGUACUUUCACUUUGCU